GGGUUCCUGCCUGCUCCCGCUGCGCCGCGGCCGUGGGGAGUCGGAGCGCUGGGCGAGGGGCUGCUGAGCGUCUGCCAUGGCCAACGUGCUCUGUAACAGAGCAAGAUUGGUCACCUACCUACCAGGGUUUUAUUCCUUAGUCAAAAGAGUUGUAAAUCCCAAGGCUUUUUCUACAGCAGGUUCCUCUGGCUCAGACGAGCCUCAUGUUGCUGCUACACCUCCUGAUUUAUGUCCAAGAACUGUAUGGCCCGAUGAAGUAAUGGGGCCAUUUGGUCCUCAGGACCAGAGAUUCCAGUUGCCUGGUAAUAUUGGUUUUGACUGUCACCUAAAUGGUACUGCUGCUCAGAGGAAGAGCCAAGCCUCAAAAAGUCUGCCUGAUAUAUUAGCAGAGCCUUCGUCAAAUGAAAGGCAUGAGUUUGUAAUGGCACAAUACAUAAAUGAAUUUCAGGGUUCUGAUGUUCCACAGAAACAGCAAGUAAAUAAUGCUGAAACGUAUUUUGAAAAUGCAAAAGUGGAGUGUGCAGUACAAGCUUGUCCUGAACUGCUACGGAAAGACUUCGAAUCAAUGUUUCCAGAAGUGAAUGCCAACCAUUUAACAGUACUGACUGUUACCCAGAAGACUAAAAAUGAUAUGACUGUAUGGAGUCAAGAAGUGGAAGAUGAGAGAGAAAUGCUGUUAGAAAAUUUCAUUAAUGGUGCCAAGGAAAUCUGCUAUGCAAUUUGUUCUGAAGGCUAUUGGGCUGACUUCAUUGAUCCUUCCUCAGGACUGGCAUUUUUUGGACCUUACACAAACAACACUCUGUUUGAAACAGAUGAACGCUACCGCCACUUUGGAUUCUCUGUUGAUGAUCUUGGCUGCUGCAAAGUCAUUCGUCAUAACAUCUGGGGUACUCAUGUUGUUGUAGGAAGUAUUUUCACUAAUGCUGAACCUGACAGCCCUAUCAUGAGAAAACUAAGUGGAAACUAACAGUCGACAGGGCUUCAGAGAUCCACGUGACUUUGGCAUUCUUUGACUUGGUGAUUCUUUGUAAGCAUUGUCAGAAAGUACCACACUUGAAAUAAUUUUAGAUAAUAAACUAUCUGCUAUUUAUUUUAGUCUCAUGACUAUGCUCAUCACAUGUGAUUUGGAACAUUAUUUGACACUAUUUUAACAGAUAGUUGUAUGUGCCACAUGAAUUGAAGCUGUGAGUUCCCUUGUCUUUGAGUUCAAACUCAGUUGACUGAAUACACAGCUCUGCAUAGCCUCUUACUAUUAUCAGCUGUUCUGUCUUUUGGUGUCUGGCAAAUCUGUGUUCUUUGCAUUAAAAAUCCUGGUGCAACUGAAUUUUCUAGGGAUUUUGACCACUUACUCUAGUAAGUUAGUGGGGGGGAGGAGCAAGUAAUAGUACCAUUCUCCCAUAAUAUAAAACUUAAUGAAGACUGCAGCAGUGAAUACUGGGCUAAUUAAUUGCUCAUGCAGUGCUCUAAAAAGAAUAAGUUAAGCUUUCAGGAAUCUUUAACUGCAAGUUGUACUACUUACUGAGUCUCUGGAUGUAGUAGUGACAUCAGCAAAGUCUUAACUCUAGAAUCAGUCAUCUCUUCGUGUUUUCGCCUUCAUGCUGCUUGUGAUUUUAUUUUCUCAGUGUUAGCUAAAUAUAUUUAACUAUUUUAUAUAUGUAAAUGUAAUUUAAACUUGCUUUUGGAAUUUUUUAAGGUCAUCAAAUACAUUGAUGUGGGCUAAAGAAAAAGAUAACAGAGCAGUGCUUGGAUACCCUCAUUGUUUUUUCUUUACUUGAGUGCAACUGAGAUUUAUCUCUGGAAUUUCAAAAUGCCUCAGCAAAGGGCAAUUAUGAUCAAUUGCUGUAAUUACAAUCAAUUACAGAAAACAUUUCAGCAGGAAGGUUUCAGUAAAUAAGUCGGUCUCUUCAGGUGACAUAAAAACCUCCAAAUCAAUUGAAGUUACUGAAGAAAACAGUGAGGAAAAUUCAAGACAUCUGAAAUUUCCAAGCUGUCAGCUGCCUCUCUACAGAAGCUAGGUAAUUAAUGUUGCUACAUUCACUUUUUAGGACUGUUUGGUAAUAUUCCACAGCUGUAGCUGUUUAUGCAACAAUAGGGAAUCUUUCAGUCUUGACUCAGUCAAAAUUAAAUGGAACUUUUGUCUGGAUAAUGGCUGCCAAGGUGAUGUGUUCAGAGGUUUAGCUUCCUUUCAAAUAGCUUGGGAUUUUAAUAAUCUUUUUUUUCCAUUAUUAAUAAUUAGACUUAACACAUGUUCUAGGUUUGUGUACUGUUUCUAUUGCUUAUUCAGGUUCUAAGCCAGUUUGCCACCAAAGUUUCUGCUGGCUUUAGUAGGCUUAGAACCAGACCCUUACCAAGUGCCUGUAUCUGUCCUUGUUAAUGACUGCCUGAUCGUAGAGGUGCAGUUUAGGAAGGUGCUCUCUGCUGAAGUAGUGACAACUGCCUUCUCAAUUCUCACCCUGGCUAAGCCAGCCAGUCAGAGUUUGUGUUGCCAUCAUCACCAUUGUUGGCUCCAGCCUAUAUGCAUUCCAAGACUGAAGUGUAUGGCUGUUGAGGCAGGAUUUGCUUACUGCUGUGUCGUGGAAUCUGCCGUAUUUCUAGAACAUGAGCUCUUCAUCUCCUGUCUGCUGGCUAAGAAAACUGUAAUAUCCAAAGUCUGGUUUAUUUUUUGCCCUUGUUGUUUAAAGGAUUUAAAAUACUGAAGGAGUUGAAGAGUAUCUUUGUAUAAAACCAACUGUAGCAUAAUUCUUUUGCAGAGUACAUGUUACCUCACUUGAUGAUGGAGGGUUAUUGUCUUGGUGCACAGUAUAGCACCAUUGUAGAGAACUUAGCUGGAUAAAUACUAGAAAACUUCUGUGAAAUGCCUCACAUAGUUUAACUAUGUUGAAGGCUCUUGGUGCUGUCUUUUUGUUUUCUUCCAGUGACUUUGUUGUAUCUGCCUUUCUAUUUUUUUAAUUGAGGUGUAUUUUCAGGCAGCUGUCCAAAUUAAACUUGAGACACCAAUUUCUGAGUUCAUACCCUGUAAAGUUUCAUGCUGGACAAUGUGGGGUUUUUUGGUUGCUUUUUUUAACAGUAGCUUUUCAAAUGGCUUUAACCCAAGGCAAAAAAAAAAAAAAAACUCACUGAAAACAGUGGGAAUUCUGCCUUGACAUCACUGAUAGUAUUUCAUGCUAGAAGUUGAGGGGAGAUAUUUUGUGGUAUUUUUCUAACUAACAUUUUCUUGUACAUAAAAGCCUACUAAAACUCUCAAAAGAGGCUAGAACUAUUCAGUUCUGUUUCCCUUUCAUCAGAAGGGAUUUAUUGUAUAUUAAUUUGUUACUGUGAAAUAAAGGUUUUGGAAUACA